CGGCGACACGUACCGAUUCGCCCUCUACAAAAGAUAAAGUGGUCCACAAUUCUCGACUCACAAUCGAUUCUCUCAUUAGUGUUCCAAUUCAACAGACUUAGGGCUUUUAAAACAAUGGAGUUAACAAAGGAAUCCGAGAGUUUGCUCGACAAAAUCCGACCACCUCGUCUCGAAGACGCAGGCCUCGAAGAUUGUGCACUGCCACCCGAAUCAAUCAAAGAAGCAUUUCUCAAAGCCGCCACUGCCGUACGAUCUAUGAUUUCAGCAUCGGACGACGAAGACGAACCCGAAGGCCAGUGUGUGCUGACUCCAUCGCCAAUCGAAGAUUCUAAGGAUGCUCUUGUAGGAAUCACUGAGGGUAUCGAGGAAAAUCCAGGAAAAUGCAUUACUGAGAAGGGCAGCGGCGGUGAAGUGCCGGAAGGGACAACUGAUGUGGUGGUUGUAGACGGUGUUAAGGAUGAGGAAAACAGCCGAGAUUUGGUCGGUGAGCCAUCUCUGCCGGAAGGCGGUGAAUCGUGUGUGGAAGGGUUGCAGGGUUUGGAGAUUGGAGGCAAAGGCAGAAAGAAAAAGGAAGUGAAAGAGGAUGAGGAAGAGGAAGUAAGUGAGAAGCCGACUCUAGUUGAAGGGUAUGCUGUAUGAAUGUAUUAAUGAUUGUACGAGAUAACUCUAAUUUUGUGUAAAUUUCAUGAAUAAUUUAGUACUAGUAGUAUUAGACAUGUAAAAGAUUCUGUAUUUGAAGCUUAAAAUGAUGAAUUUAUGUUA